AUGGAUGCCUCGCAGGACUUCAAGUCCUUGCAGGACAAGGUCCAGGCUGCCCUGGUAUCGACCACCCGAACCGUCAACCAGAUCGCGAGCGAGGAUCUCAGCUUCCUGCGCACGGCAGACCCUACGACUGGCGACCGCCUCGAGGAACAUUCAACCCAUCUACUCGGCCUCUCCACCGAGGUCAUCAACACUGCCGCCAAGGCGAAUGGUCAGAAACCAGUCGGAGAGCUCGAAGAUGCAGAGGACGCCGAGAUUCAGUGGACCAGCAUAGUAGAUGUGAUCGACGGCCUCCUCGAGAAGGGCGAUAUCGCCCUCGACGAAUACACCGGGCGGGUCAAGAGGAAGAGCGACUUUCCUGAGCCCGUGGGACCCUCCAAGAAGACCAAGACAACCGAUCGAAAUGAGCCUAACUGGCGGCGCGCCAACAUCGUCAAGCCCCAGAAUGCGUUCGAAAAGAAGGUCGAUAACUUUGCAACUGGGCCCUGGAAACCUCUCUUGACCAGCAAGCCCCAUGCUACGGUGCCAUUGCAGGACAGCCUCGAUAUCUUUGUAGACGAAAAUGGACAAGAACAAUAUAAACAUCCGUACGAAAUAGAGAUCUCCAACCUACAAUAUCCCGCGACCACCUACGCCAAGCGUGACGCCGUCCCGUACCAACCGAUCGAGACGACAUCUCCUAUAUGGGUCGACACCUACGAGGGCGUUCUCGAGAUGCUGGAAGAGCUCAGACAGGCAACAGAAAUCGCGGUUGACCUGGAGCACCAUGACCUCCGCACCUACCACGGCCUAUUGUCUCUCAUGCAGAUUAGCACUCAGCAGAAGGAUUGGGUCAUCGACACGCUGCGACCGUGGCGACACAAGCUGGAGGUUCUUAACGAGGUCUUCGCCGACCCCAAGAUCCUGAAAGUCUUCCACGGUGCCUUUAUGGAUAUCAUCUGGUUGCAAAGAGACUUGGGGCUGUAUAUCGUCGGCCUCUUCGAUACCUACCACGCCAGUGUUGCUCUCAAUUAUCCCCAGAGGAGCCUGGCCUACCUUCUCAAGACCUUUGUCGAUUUUGAUGCAGAUAAAAAGUAUCAGAUGGCAGAUUGGAGAAUACGACCAUUGACGGAUGAGAUGCUUUACUAUGCCCGCUGCGACACUCACUAUCUCCUCUACGUUUACGAUCUCAUGCGAAACGAGCUCAUCGAUCGAUCCGACGUCAGCGAUCCGGAAAAGAACCUGCUUGAAUCUGCUCUUCGGAGGUCCAAGGAGACAUCCCUCGACAGAUACACCAGUUGGGCGCCCGAUCCCACCACAGGCGAGGGAGCCAGAGGCUGGGCUAAUAGCCUACAAAAGAGUUAUACUAGACUUGAUGGCCCCCAGUUUUCCGUCUACCGUGCGGUCCACAAGUGGCGCGAUGAUUUGGCUCGACAGGAAGAUGAGAGCCCCAUGUUCAUCAUGCCGCAACAGGUAUUGAUGGAGAUCGCGAAGCUCCUGCCGAGCGAUCCCAAAGCCCUGUGGAGCCUUCUGGGCUGGAGAUGCGCCGCCAAAGUACAGCAGUCGCUUGAUGAGCUAUUUGAGCUGGUCACGACGGCGAAGGAGGCGGGCGCGAAUGGCCCCAGCUCCGUUGAGCAUUUCAGGGCCGGUCUCGCUGGCAACACGGUGGCAGCUGUUGCGCAGAGAGAGUUCGGCAGGAGUGAGCAGGCUGAGCUGGACCUUCCGCCAGUUAACGAGCUUCGGAGCCAAAAGUCGCAGCUUUUUGGCUCAAUGCCCGUCAGCAGUCUCUGGGAGCAUUCCGUGAAGCCUGUGGAAGACGUCAGCAGCAAGCUUAUCCCCCUGCCUUGGACGUCUAUUGUCCAGGAAGCGGCUGAGACUGCAGAUAUGAUACCUCUUGUGGAUCCGCCAGCACCGCCUGCCAAAGAGGAACCAGUCAUAGAUGACACCGAGUUUACGCUGCGCCAAGGACGGAAGCGCAAGCUCGAGAAUCUCCAAAGCGAGGAGUCGGAAGAGGAAGAGGAAGGCGGUGCAGCGCUCGAGUCCCAGGAUAUGAUCUCUCUCGACGUAGAAGAGAGCCCAGGCGAGCGAAAGGCGCGAAAGAAGGCCGACAAGAAAGCCAAGAAGAAUGCAGCGAGGGCCAUGAGGGUCCAGGCCAAGGUCGACAACGCGGCGCGGGUCAGUAUGAGAGCGCCCAAGGACAACAAGAUCGAGGAGGACGAGACGCCGUUUGAUUACGGCAAUGCCCAGUCAGUCUUACACGCCCAGAGGGCUCUGAUGAGCAACCGGGAAGACAAGGGUAAGAAGGCCUUUGACCCGUACGCGGCGCGUAUGACCGCAGAGGGCCCCAAGCCGGCAAGACGCAUGCACUCAGAAAGGCCGGGCAAGACUGCCACUUUCAGGAAAUGA